AUGCCAGCCCAAGACAACAUCACCUAUGCUCGCGCUGUUAACUCGGAGCAUCAGAUGGAGCUGCUCAACAAAGUCGCCGAGUUCUUCGUCAGCAACGAGUACCGACUACUCAUCAUCGACAGCAUCAUGGCCCUGUUUCGUGUCGAUUAUACAGGUCGAGGUGAACUGAAUGAGCGCCAGCAGAAGCUCAACCAGUUCCUCUCCAAGUUAACGCAUGUCGCUGAAGGUGCGCGAUAG